CCAAACCGGCUGUCCUGCUGUCUGCUUGGGCCGGACAUCUUGUCUGGCUGCACCUAUUGCCAGGCGCCCCACCCCGAGCCAAGCCCCAGCCUCGCGCCACCCCGAGCACACGCUAGCAGCCGUAACGACGGCCAGAUAGGCUCGUCGCGCAGUCGCCCCAGCGACAGCGUGUCGGGUCGUCGGGCGACUGACAGCCACCGGGAUGGCCGACCGGGCGAGUGCCAACCAACGCCCUGCACAGUCUGUGACUUGACUGGCAGACGAGACCGGCCCAGUCCCGGGCACCGCACAACGGCCUGGAUUUUGAGUCAUUCACGAACCGUCGAGCGCCCACAACGCAGAUUCGGCCGAGACGCCGACGAGAAGAGCCGCUGUCAACAGGACUCUUUCGGCCGCUUCUGGAUUAAUCCCCUCGAAUGCUCUUGCCUCCGUCUCAGUCGUCCCAUCUCUCCUCCACUCGCCGAUCCGCCAACUGACACUCGACCCUGGCACACCCAACCUGUGUACAGCCAUAGCCUUCCACAGAGUCACACUGUCCAACGAAACGCCUUCUCUGCUGCCCAGUCUGAGGUAAGUGGGGCACAAUUCCCCCAUCUAGCCAUGGUCUGGCAAUACUACUCACUUCGAGUGCAACAAAUGUUUGAGCUCAACACCGACCCGCUGGCUGAGAUCGCUUCGAGUCCCGUUGGGGGCGAAUGUAGUCGUGUAGAUUUUUAA